AUGGCGUCGCUGAGCGGCCUGGCGUCGGCGCUGGAGUCGUACCGGGGUCGGGACCGCCUGAUCCGAACCCUGGGGUACUGCUGCCAGCUGGUUGGCGGGAUCCUGGUGGAGCAGAGCCCGGCACGGGCAGAGGUGGGGACUCGCCUGUUGACAGUGUCCACCCAGCUCAGCCACUGCAGGACCGUGCUGCGACUCUUUGAUGACCUGGCUAUGCUGGCCUACACGAAGCAGUAUGGCUGGGGUGCAGAGGAGGAGGACAUCUUCAUCCGCUGGGUGUCUGUUCUGGGCAACCUGGCCGACCAGCUCUACUACCCUUGUGAGCAUGUCGCCUGGGCCGCUGAAGCCAAGAUCCUGCAUGUGGACGCUGCCCACUGGUGGACGCUCAGCACAGCUCUCUGGGGCCUCUCUCUGCUCCUGGGCAUCGCCAGGUCCCUGCGGAUGCUGCUGAAGUUGUGGCGGCAGCGGCGGAGCCCUGCGAAGGCCUUUCCCAGGGGCAGACGGAGGAGCCUGGAGGCACAGGUGUGCUCGGAGCUGCUGACCCUGCUCAGCAACCUGGCGGACCUGGCCAACGCGGUGCACUGGCUGCCGCCGGGGGUGCUGUGGGCCGGCCGCUUCCCGCCGUGGCUGGUGGGCCUCCUGGGCACGGUGUCCUCUGUCCUCAGCACGUACCAGGUUGUCAGGGCCUCUGGCAGCCAGGCUGAUGCCACCAGCCCCUGA